ACUGCUUUGACAACAGGUGUCGCUUUCCAUGAAGAAUGAAUUUUAGUGUAGUUCGUUUUCUGUUGACUCUAACUGUCAUCACCUGUCAAAUAUUUAGCGCAGCAGGCGUGGAUCGAGUGCCUAAACUUUUAUACUUGGCGGUGGACGGAUGCCGGUGGGAUUAUUUAAGAGAAGGACACUUCCCCGGUUUUAAGAAACUUUCCGAAAAAGGAUCACAUGCUCCAUAUGUGACCCCGGUUUUUCCAUCCACUACGUAUCCUAAUUGGUAUUCAUUGGUUACAGGUUUAUAUGCGGAGAGUCAUGGUUUUGUGCAGAACAUGAUGUACGACUCCCUGUAUAAUGAUUUCUUUCUGUCGGCCCCCAGUGAAACAGCCAUUGUCCCUCAUUGGUGGAAUGGUGCCGAGCCCAUUUGGGUCACUGCUGAAAAGAAUGGACUCCGGACCGCUGUCUAUUGGUGGGAUGGGUGUGAAGUAGAGAUACGGGGGCACAAACCGACAUUUUGCCAAAAAUAUGAAUAUGUAGAGAGUGAGCAAACUAAAGAAGCUCUUCUAAAAGUUCUGGACAAUUUCAGUAGAGACGAAAUACAAUUUGCGAUAGUUUAUUAUGAACCCGUAGAUUCUAAAGGCCAUCAAUUUGGUCCCGAUUCGAUCGAAAGAAAGAGAGCUUUACAUGAAAUUGAUUUUCUUUUGGACAUGUUUUUAAAGGAACUUGAUGAGAGAGGACUCCAAGAUGAGGUAAAUAUCGUUGUCGUAUCUGAUCAUGGGAUGACCCUGACCGAAGACUCAUCAGUACAUCUGAUUAAUUUAUCAGGUUUAAUGGACGUUUCCGACAUUGAAUAUAUGAUUUAUUUUGGAGCGACUAGUAUGCUUCUACCUAAUAAAGGGAAGACGGACAAGGUGUAUAAAGCCCUAAAAGGAAUUCCAGGAUUGAACGUGUUCCUCAAAGAAGAAAUACCUGUGCACUAUCACAUUAAGAAUAAUCGGCAUACUUUGCCAAUUAUGCUUGUAGCAGACGAAGGCUAUUACAUACAGGGGUUGGACAUUCCAGUUAAAAGCAUUCCAGGAGGAUCACUUCCAACUCUUGGAAGCCAUGGCUAUGAUCCCUACAAAGUAACAGACAUGAGAAGCAUUUUUUACGCAUUCGGUCCUGGUAUCCGGAAAAAUUACACAACGCCACCUUUAAACAUUGUCGAUUUCUACAACGUUUUGUGCGACCUACUGGGCAUCCACCCUUUGCCCAACAAUGGGACAAGAAGGAACACCAAUGGAAUGAUGAUUCCGGAACAGUUGAUUUCGCCUCAUUUGGAACUCAGUGAUUUGGAUUCUGCAUCACUACCACCUGAUCAAACACCUAGUACCCCAUUACCAUCUUCUGGUCAAAUACUGACUUCACAAUUUUCGCUGAUAAUUUGUGUCUGUCUCGUCUGGGUCUGUAUUCAUCGGUAUGUGGUGGACAGAAGAUAAAAUGGUUUUAAAGUAACAAUUUUGACGAAACGUUGUGAUUCAUGUCAUCUCAUGAAGUAAUAUUGUUUUUAUUCCUAUCAUGUUCAAUCGUUAGCGAAAUUAUGAAAUGAAUCCACUGUCUUAUUAAAU